AUGUCUAUGACUGAACUUCGCUUCGCUUCUAAAGUACCUGGCAACAAGCCCCCCCGCAAGAAGGAAGCGGCUCUUCCCCCAAAUAGUUGGAGAAAGGGAGUCACCAUUGACUCUAUUUAUUAUUAUGGGAAAUCAGUGUAUCAAGAUCUCAAUCUGAGAUCUUAUUUCGGUUCGAUACGUCCACCUACGAGACUCACCUUUGGCUUUCGCCUCGGUAGGUGUAUUAUUCUACAUUUUCCCAAAAGAACAUUGAUUCAUUUCUUUCUUCCCCGUCGACCACGACGACGACUAAAACGACGCGAAAAAUCCAGACCCGCGAAGGGACGGUGGUGGGAAUUGGGGAAAGUCGGGCCGAUCGGGUGUCUUCAUUCAAGCGACGGUACAGAAGAAGAACGAAACGAAGUGAGAGGCCGGGGGUCGGGGAAAAGAGUCGAGUCGAUCAGUCUCGACGAUCGGAAGAAGCAAAACGAAAGAAGGAUUUGGCCGAAAAAGAAGCAAGGCUAUGGAUACCAUGACCGAUCACCAUCGAUAAAGAAUCAUCUUUCGACCCGCCCCGCAGUGCGCUCUUCCUUGAAUUAUUCGGUCAUGCAAUACUUAUUGAAUACAAAGAACAAAAUGCAUUUCGAUCCCGUCUCCGUUCUCAAUCAUUUCGUGGCUGAACCAUCUACGAUGGGGGGAGCUAAUGCACAGGAAAGAAGUGACGAUAAGAGAAUACGUUCUCGCAUCGCUUUUUUUGUAGAAAGCUCGACCAGCGAGAAAAAGUGUUUGGCCGAAGCCAAAAAGAGGUUGACCCACUUCAUUCGCCAAGCGAAUGAUCUUCGCUUCGCGGGAACAAGAAAAACUACCAUCUCGCUCUUUCCUUUCUUCGGUGCUACCUUUUUUUUUCAAAGGGUUCAAAGGAUUAGGCUCUGUCAAGAACUUUUGAAUGCCCGUAAACAACUCCUAGGUCAAUGUUGGAAAAAAUGUUGGAACCUCAUGGCUAAGGAUAAGGUAAUGGAAUUGAUAGAGAAAUUCAUAGACCUAGGUAGGAUAGGAGAAUUGAUAAAGGGAAUAGAGAUGAUGAUAGAGAUCAUACUGAGAAAGAGAAUAAUUCCGUACGGGUACAACUCUUAUUUGAACGAAGUGAAAAAAAUGCGAUCUUUGUUGUCUAAUAGAACAAAGACUAAUACCUUAAUUAAAUCGGUUAAGAUCAAAUCUGUUUAUCAAAGUGCUUCUCCGAUUGCUCAAGACAUCUCUUUUCAACUGAGGACCAAAAAAAGAUCAUUUCGUUCCAUUUUUAGUCAAAUAGUGAAGAAGAUUCCAUUAGUAAUGAAAAAGGGGGUUACGGGGAUCCGUAUAUGUUGUUCAGGUCGAUCAGAAGGUGCAGAAAUAGCUAGAACUGAAUGCGGAAAAUAUGGAACUCAAAGUUGUAGAGCAGGUCGUCUUUCAUAUCGAGCCAUUGAAGCAGCGCGUCGGGCUAUAAUCGGACACUUCCAUCGUGCUAUGAGCGGACAAUCCCGAAGAAAUGGUAAGAUAUGGGUAAGAGUUCUCGCGGAUAUCCCUAUUACCGGAAAACCUACAGAAGUCAGAAUGGGAAGAGGAAAAGGAAAUCCUACGGGUUGGAUUGCUCGUGUGUCCACGGGACAAAUCCUAUUUGAAAUGGAUGGUGUGAGUUUGUCAAAUGCUCGACAAGCCGCUACAUUAGCGGCGCAUAAACUAUGUUCGUCAACCAAGUUUGUUCAGUGGUCAUCGACCUUAUCUUGCUUAUUUAAGCAAAAGGCCGCUUUUUUAAAAGCGGUUGUAGUCUUCUUGAUCUAUAGGGCGAGGCUCCCCGCAAUGGGAGGAAAGGGGAGUGGAAUUGCUCAUGGAACUCGCUUUNNNNCCUUGGACCUAGCUUCCCCGCACUGGACCGAGAACCGAGCUAUAUGCUCAACAGUCUACUUGACUUCUUCUCCUCACAAAAAAGAGAACAAACUAAGGCACCUUAUACCCCCGAAACUGAUGAACUCGGUCGAUCCAAUCAGGAAGAUCAACAAUCAACUGAGCUCAGACAAAUUCCUGAAUGUGCUCUCCCGUAGGUCAACUUCUGACAGAUCAAAGUGGCCUUUCCGACCAACUCAUAUGGUAGUGGGGACAAGGAUGGAUUGGAGUGAAAGUGGCACAAGUCGUAGCCAAAUCCUAAUUGACAUGGAAUUCUCUAAACAGUCUCCAAAGAGAGCGAGAAAUCGUCUUCCGUCACUAGCCAUUGCUCGUCAUGCUAUCGUCUCGAAGAGUCAGAGUCAUAUGCCAUCUUCAUUACUAGCUCUGACGACUAGUCUUAUGCUAAUGAAAUACCUGCAAACAACCCAAAGAACGAAGCGAAGUGAAGGAAAAAACCAAAGUACGAGGGAAGAGACAGAAAGGUUGCACCGGAUAGAUACACCAGAGGGUACAGUCUUCGCUUCGGAGGCAAGAAAGCAAUCACAUCAGGCGCUUUUAAGCCCAAGUUUCUCUAACGGAAAGAGCUCUUGUCCGCCGCCAGAGGCUCUUCCAUCGCUUGAUAGAAGGGAAUUCAAGCUGUUAUGCUUCCAUGUUCCAAAACCUAUCAAUAGCUUUCACUCAAGCCAUUCUUUGAACUUACAACAUAGGGGGGACUUUCACUCUUCCUCUCGCUUCCUAACCUCUCGCCCUGCUCAAAGCAAAGAAAGGCUUGAACAUAAAAAACUUUAUGCAGAACUUGUACAAGCGAAUAUCUAUGUGAAUCUGAUCAACAAAGAAAUGGAGAAGACCAGACAAGAGUUGGAUCGGGGCAAGGUGACUGUUCAGAAACUGCAAAAAAGAUUCACUCUAUCUCCGUCCAGAAAGAACGAGCCGAAGCCGCCGCUCAAGCAAGCAUUUAACUCUCGAAAUCUAAUACUAAUAAGAGAAGAAGUGAGAAAUCGAGAACUAGGGCUGCGCCAAGAGUGGACAAGGGAGUGUCCCAGACAAGGGUUUACGAAAGUGGAUCCCAGGGUGGAGACGCCGAUGUCGUUACUGAAUCUGGUCCCAUCUUUGACGAUCGAAGAAUGGCUGGAGAAAGACUUCGGUCUUUUCCCUCGUCAAUUGGGGAAAGCCUAA